UUUUCAUAUUUAUUCACUAUUUAUCAAUUUCUCUGAUUUCUUCUCUUUCCUCAGCUUUCAAAUCAACCCAUUCGAGAGUUGCCUUCCGCUUAGAUUUGCCGACAAAUCCAAUCGCGCUCUGCUCGUUACCGAUCCUUUCUCGAUCUGUUUCAGCCUUUUCUCUGCAGAUGUUGAAACAGAUAACAUGGAUAUGGAACCAAGCUUCUUGGAGCAUGAGUUAGACUUUGAAUCUGAAGAUGUUAAACUUAAGAAGAAACAGAAAUCUGUCUCAACUCCUACGGGCAUUUCAGACGACAGUGGUGACUGUUUUGUUUGCAACAUAUGCUUGGACUCGGCACAAGAUCCUGUCGUCACUCUUUGUGGUCAUCUGUAUUGCUGGCCAUGUAUUUACAAGUGGCUGCAAGUUAAAAGUUCUUCUCCAGAUGCCAUUGAGCAGCAGCCAAGCUGCCCUGUUUGUAAGGCUAACAUUUUGCCAAAUUCAUUGGUCCCUAUUUAUGGUCGUGGCACAUCCCAAAUUGAUCAAGAAUCCAAGAAAGCCUCUCUUGAUGUAGUCAUACCCCCUCGGCCAUCUCCUGCAUUGAAUACAUUAGUUACCAAUACUUCGCAUCAAGCUCAGCAACUUCAUCCAAACUUCUUUCAGUCAGAGUCACAACCGCAGUCCUUUUAUCACCAGCAGUAUUUCCCUAACCCUUAUUUGGCCUCAUCAAAUCUUGGUGAUGCAGCAAUGACACAAAUCUUCAAUCCCAUGAUUGGAAUGUUUGGAGAGAUGAUGUUUGCAAGAAUUUUUGGGACACCAGACACAAGUUUGUUUGCUUAUUCCUACCCAAAUUCGAACAAUCUGAUGGGAAGUUAUAGUCAUAGGAUUAGGAGGCAGGAGAUGCAUCUUGAAAAAUCUCUAAAUAGAGUGACCAUAUUUCUUCUUUGCUGCAUCACUCUGUGUCUUCUCUUGUUUUGAUCAUGUUAGUUUUCAGCAUUUGUAUACUUGUAUAAAGUAAUAAAAAGAAGCCAUGAACAUGCUCACAGGGAGAUAGACGCUACUACAAGUUUUGCUGGGAACUUUGUUUGUGAGGUCUCCCUUGUGGCAUUUUUGCUUGUAAAUAAAUGUUAUCCGAUACAAUGAAUUUCCUACUCAUUAUUAUUAUCA